CUCAGCGACCGAUAGAAAGGAGAGGCUACAAAGUAUUGAGCGAGAAUUACAAACAUGGCUGCUCGAAGCAGAUAUUCUGAACUACCUGGCAUUGACAAUCAGCCAGAUGUCUACGAAACUCCCGAUGUUAUGGAGAAAACUAACCAGGAGGGUGACCCUUCGAUGCAGAAUGGAGAUGAAAGUAUUCAUUUGUUAAAAAUUGAUGCUAAAGAAGCAUUUGAGAAAUUUAGUGGAAAAUAUUUAGACCCAGGGAAUACUGAUUUUUCAGGAAGGUGUGGUCCUGAACAGAUGAAAGGCUAUGUUACAAAAACUGAAUAUGAAAUGCUAGGAGAAGGAGCAGCUAAAGAGACACCUCAGAAUAAAUUUAAUCGUCUUCAGCAUGAGAUCCGAGAGCUGGCAGAAGAACUAGAGCAAAUUAAGGGCACUGUUCAGGAUGAAAAAGAGGAGAACAAACUUUCACCAGUUGUUCUGGCACAAGAGGUGCAAACCCUUCAAAAACAGCUUGAAGAUUUACAUCUGGUGAAUGUCCUUGGGAAGGAGGCUUUGACUGUGGCUUCAACACCUCAAGCUGGGUUGUCACAACGCCUGCAGACUCAACUUGAAGCCUUUAAAACAGCUGAGGCAGCAAGUGGCAAGCAAACUAAGCAGAGUGAUGAUGGAUGUGUCACAUAUGAGUUGUUUUACAAACCAGAACAUGCAAAGUUUAAUCAACUUUCACAGAUGAGCGAGUUAGAACAAAGGGUACAGAAAUUGGAGACAGUUCUGGGCAGUGAUCCAACUCAUUUGUCCUCCAUUACUGCUGAUCUUGAAAUUAAGGAUAAAAAUUUGUUGUCUGCGGCAUCAGCUCUUGAGGCUAAAGUUGCUUUGUUGGAUGCAAAUCACAUUGAUCACGUUGAUGCACGAUUACAGGGAAUAUUGCAUCAUGUCAAUGCUCUCUCAGAGAAAAAGCAGGAAGUUGAAAAUUCAGCUAAGCAGAGCAAGGUGACCGAACUUUAUGAUCUUUUGAACAAGUGGGAUUCGUUCGUAGACGUUGUCCCGGAUCUGAUAACAAGACUACAAUCCUUGAAAGCUCUGCAUGAACAAGCAAGCCAGUUUGGUCAAUCGUUGUUGGAGCUGGAUUCGUCUCAGUCUGCUCUGAACAGUCAAAUGCGCGGCCAGGCAAAACUCCUUAGUGAGCUGGAAGCCAGUUUCAACUCCAACGUAGCCACCAUUGAGGCGAACUGUGAACGAGUUGAAGCUCGCAUCAAUACUCUUCUCGAGAAAUUCGAAACGAAAGGACGGUGAUUAGCGAGAGGGAGAUAAAAUAGAUACUUAUCUAAUGAUUAACUUAUAAGAAAGCGGGCUGGUAUUCAUGGUAUAUGCUUCGAACAAUUUUCAGUUGAGUGUCGCAAGUUAUCUGGGAUUGUAUUGGUUUUGCUUUACUUCGCUCUGUGAUUGGCCCAGAAAACUCACGCUAUCCUCUCAACCAAUCUGGUUUGUUUUUACUUUGAGUUCUCAUUGGCUCUUAAGGAUAUUUCUCUUCCUUCUGAUUGGCUUUUGUGAUUACUUUGGUUUUAGUUUUACGACACUCAAUCGAAAAUCACUCUGCCUUUUACGGUGUUUUGGAGAGGCAAAAGGGUUUGGAAUUUUUUUAGGGUUAUUUUGAAGUGUGAGUGCAAUUUGUAGUCUCAAAAAAAUUACAAGGGCUUAUUUAUUCCAAAUUAUACAAGGAAUCAUGUGAUUACCUUAACGAUUGCUCUUCAUAAGUUGUUUCGUUACCAUCAGCUUGGUUGCCCACACAAAUUCCUAAACACCAGAAAAGGCUCGUUUGUAGGUUAUUAUUUAUUCGUUUAUUCUUUAAAUUCGAAUUCCUUUAACCCUUUACAUCCUAACAUCAGUAUGCAUAUUCUCCAUACUGUUCUCCAUACAAUUCUUUCAUGCUGACAAGGAGAAUUUGUUUAACAAUCAAGAGCUUCUUUAGUUGUUGAUCAUUUCCCUCAUUCUCAUGACCUUAAUGUUUGAUUCAGGGGUGAUCUUGUAAGGAGAAAUUAGAUGCCAGUCUCUCUUAGGGGUUAAAGGGUUAAGGAACAGUUGGGAAUAUAGUUAAAAGUAAGAGUAAGGCAAAUUGUUUAGCGUUAAGUAUGAAAAUGUCUUGUAUCCUAUUGAACAUCGAAAUAGCUGAUAUUUUCGUUGUCUUAGGCAUGCAGCAUCAAUUGAUGCCCCUUAACUUUUUGACUGCUAUUCGUGAUCAAGACAGAAUUUCUCCUUACAAUAUCAAUACGAUAUCAAGCAGGCAAGUGAUGAGAAUAAAGAGAAUUAUUAACUAGAGGAUUGGUAGUUGAUCCAGUACUAAAUUCACUCAACUAGCAUCAUAUGAAUUGUAUGGUAGACAGUAAGGAGAAUUUCUAAAGAGAUCUUGGGAGUUAAAGGGUUACGCCGUUUAUUGAUGUGUAGGAAUCUACUCCAAAUUGAUUCUCAGCAAUAUCAAGCGGCGUAUGACUCUCAUUAGGUAGUCGAAUAUGUCUGAAGCAUUAAAAGGUAAAAACUUUAAAAUGAA